AUUGUUUCCAUUUGUUUUUUUAUAGUGUGUCAUGUGUGUGUCUGUUUUUUAACCGAUAAAAUUGGUCGGCAUCGGAUGGAUUCGGAGCUGAAAACAUAUUAAACCGGAGAAAACCAGAGAAAGAAAGCGCAGAUGCUGAGACACGCGAUUAGAGGCCUAAGAAAUUCAAGGAGAUGGAUUUCCUCCAAGAAUUUCACGAGCAGGGUCGGAGUAGAGAGAGCAGUGGCGAGGGAAUCGGUGGACUGCGUGGUGAUUGGGGCGGGGGUGGUUGGAAUCGCAGUGGCCAGGGAGCUGGCGCUCAAGGGCAGAGAAGUCGUGGUCAUCGAAUUCGCCUCCACCUUUGGCACCGGCACCAGUUCUCGCAACAGCGAAGUCAUCCACGCCGGAAUUUACUACCCUCGUAACUCUCUCAAGGCAAUCUUUUGCGCGAGAGGAAGAGAAUUGUUGUACAAGUAUUGCUCUGAACAUGAGGUUCCUCAUAAGCAGAUUGGUAAGCUCAUAGUUGCUACUAGAUCUUCAGAGGUCCCAAAGUUGAAUGAUUUGAUGAUACGGGGAAAUGAAAACGGGGUUGAUGGUCUGAGGAUGCUGGAGGGUUUUGAAGCCAUGGAAAUGGAACCAGAAUUGCAGUGUGUGAGAGCGUUAUUGUCACCCGCCUCUGGGAUUGUUGAUACCCAUUCCCUGAUGUUAUCUCUAGUGGGUGAAGCUGAAAAUCAUAGAACAACCUUCUGUUACAACACAGCUGUUAUUGGUGGCCAUCUUGAAGGAGAUCACAUUUGCCUUCAUAUUUCUGAAAGCAAGGAUCUUGAAAACUGGGACAGGAGGUUUCCUUUGCACCCAGAGGUUAUACUCAUGGCAAAGCUUGUGGUGAACUCUGCAGGUUUGAGUGCCCCAGCACUAGCAAAGAGAUUUGAUGGCCUAAAUAGUACAGUUAUUCCCGCUUCCCAUUACGCACGAGGUUGCUACUUCGUCUUGUCAAAGAUGAAAACUCCUCCCUUUAAACAUUUGAUAUAUCCUAUUCCGGAGGAUGGUGGACUUGGAGUACAUGUUACCCUGGAUUUGGAUGGCCAGAUCAAAUUUGGUCCAGAUGUUGAAUGGAUCAAUGGCGCAGAUGACAUUUCAAGCUUCCUGAAUAAGUUUGACUACUCUGUAUGCGCCAAACGUGUGGAACGAUUUUAUCCAGAGAUAAGAAAGUACUAUCCUAAUCUGAAGGAUGAUUCUUUAGAGCCCGGUUAUGCAGGGAUCCGGCCGAAACUUUCUGGUGCCCAACAGUCCGCCGUUGAUUUUGUAAUACAGGGGGAGGACAUUCAUGGGGUUCCUGGUCUUGUAAACCUUUUCGGAAUUGAGUCACCUGGUUUAACUUCAAGCAUGGCAAUUGCAGAACAUAUAGUUGCCAGAUACUUGAGAUGAUCGAAAGGCAUGAUCCUUAAUAUAUUGAUUCUGAGACUUUGUACCAAAGAGGCCAAGGAGAAAAAAACGGCUGAUCCCACCCACAGAACAAAUGUUGAAGAAUUAGAAAAGGUACUUUAAUAAAAGGUAAAGAUAGAAUUAUUCAGUGGGCUGAGUGAUUGUAAACAUACAAUUUGUGGUUGCUUCUGGACCACUCCAGAAGUAAGUGGAAGAUAAAGUGAUGUUUUCAAUAAUGGUAGUUACACAGAUCUUUCAUUUUUUCACCAUCAUUAUGUAAAUAAUAAACAGAGAGAAGGACGAAUGGCAACUGUAACUUUUAAGUGAAGGACGAAUGGCAACUGUAACUUUGAAGUGGAUUUUCGUAGGUGAUGAUCGAAAUCA